AUGUUCAGUCACAUUCAACCCGGACCCCCGGACCCCAUGUUCACCCUCAAGAAAAAGGCUGACAACGACACCAGCCCUGAGAAGGUAGAUCUUGGUGUUGGAAUUUACCGCAGUGAAAGCGGCAAGUACCAAGAGCUAGAGGCUGUUAGACGGUAUGAAUCAACGAUUGGAGAUGCCGAAUUUCUCCACCUUGCCGCCGGGGUCAUGUUCGGCGAAAGCAAUGAAGCUUUGACGUCAGGAAGAACUAUUUCUGGGACAGGAGCCAACUCUUUGGGCGCCCUGCUGAUCAGCAAGACCAUGCAGCCCAAGCCGAAAGUCUUCAUUGGUGUGCCGACCUGGGGCAACCAUGUUCCCAUUUUUCAGGACGCGGGGCUGGAAACUGCUACAUACCCUUAUCUUGACUCUUCAAAGCACAGCGUCGAUUUUGAUGGAAUUCUCAAAGCUGUACGGUCAGCUCCGAAGGGAAGCGUCUUUGUGUUCCAAGGCUGUUGCCAUAACCCCACAGGUGUGGAUUUGGAUGGUGAACAAUGGCAGAAACUGGCUGUGGAGAUGAAAGCUCACAGUCACCUUCCCUUCUUCGAUACAGCUUAUCAGGGACUUGGCGAUGGCCUCGAUGAAGAUUCCGCUGGCGUACAAGUGUUUGUGGCGUCAGGGAUCGAGUUCUUCGUAUGCCAAUCAUUCUCUAAGAACUUUGCUCUGUAUGGAGAGCGAUGCGGUGCGCUUCAUGUCGUUGGAAAGACAAAAGAGGUAGCUUCCAAUGUUCAGGACAGACUGCGGAGCUUGAUUCGACACACGUAUUCUUCGUCCCCGGCUUAUGGCAGCCGUUUGGUCAAGAUUACGCUGAGCACUGAGUCAAUGCGAGGAGACUGGUGA